AUGAAGCGACUGUUUGCUACUGAGAAGCUCGGGGGCAGGGUGCUGUAUAGAUUCCAAGCCAUCAGGGUGUUCGUGGGGAUAUGCCUCGUGCUCUACUACAGGGCGACACAUAUCCCAGCGGACGGUACCACAGGGAGGGCGGCGUGGCUGGGGAUGGUCGCGGCGGAGGUGUGGUUCGGUUUCUACUGGGUCCUCAUGCAGUCCGGGAGAUGGUACCCUAUCCGCCGCCGAACCUUCAAGGACAGGCUCGCCGACAGAUUUGGAGAACGACUGCCUUGUGUGGACAUCUUCGUGUGCACCGCAGACCCAAAAUCAGAGCCACCAAAUCUUGUCAUCUCCACAGUGCUAUCGGUCAUGGCAUACAACUACCCAGCUGAGAAAUUAAACGUCUACCUCUCAGACGAUGGAGGCUCGAUUCUCACUUUCUAUGCUCUGUGGGAGGCCUCCUUGUUCGCAAAGCAUUGGCUCCCAUUUUGCAAGACAUACAAAGUUGAGCCAAGGUCACCAGCUGCUUACUUCUCAGAGACAGAUAAGCGCCGUGAUGAUCUGCACACCUUGAAAGAAUGGUCAUUCGUCAAGGGCCUGUACGAGGAAAUGACUAAGCGAAUUGAUUCAGCUGUCGUGUCAGGCAAAAUUCCAGAAGAAAUGAAAGCAAAGCAUAAAGGAUUUUCUGAAUGGAAUUCAGAAAUGACUCCCAAAAAUCACCAGCCAAUUCUUCAGAUUCUGAUAGAUGGAAAACACAUCAAUGCAAAUGACAGGGAGGUUAAUGUACUACCAACACUGGUAUACAUGGCACGAGAGAAGAGGCCUCAAUACCACCACAACUUCAAAGCUGGGGCGAUGAACGCUCUGAUAAGGGUAUCAUCAGUGAUAAGCAACAGCCCUAUCAUCAUGAAUGUGGACUGUGAUAUGUAUUCCAACAACAGUGAUUCAAUCAGAGAUGCGUUGUGCUUCUUCCUUGAUGAAGAAAUGGGUCACAAAAUCGGAUUUGUACAGUACCCUCAGACCUAUAACAAUGUGACCAAGAAUGACAUAUAUGACAACUCCCUCCGUGUCAUCAAUCAGGAUUUGAGUGGUUUCGACAGUGUGGGUGGCCCUCUCUAUUGUGGCUCUGGAUGCUUCCAUAGAAGGGAGAUCCUAUGUGGCAGAAGGUACACCCAAGAAUACAAGGAAGAUUGGGACAGAGGAAUUAAGAGAAAGACACAAGUCAAUAUAUAUCAGACUGAAGAGAAAGCGAAGUCAUUAGCAACCUGCGCAUAUGAAUAUAAAACACAGUGGGGAAAUGAGAUUGGCUUGAAAUAUGGUUGUCCAGCAGAAGACAUCAUCACUGGAUUGGCAAUACAUUGUAGAGGGUGGGAGUCAGUCUUCAUGAGCCCAUCAAGAGCAGCAUUUAUCGGUGUAGGUCCAACAACACUUGCUCAGACAAUACUGCAACAUAAGAGAUGGAGCGAGGGUAAUUUUUCAAUUUUUCUUUCAAAGUACUGUCCCUUCUUCUUUGGACAUGGAAAUAUCAGGUUACUACAUCAAAUGGCCUACUCAAUUCCUGGUUUGUGGGCACCAAACUCACUCCCUACACUAUAUUAUGUUAUCAUCCCUUCACUUGGCCUUCUCAAGAGCACUCCCUUAUUUCCAGAGAUAAUGAGUCCAUGGGUCAUACCUUUCCUAUAUGUUUCAUCGGUGGAGAAUAUGUACAAUCUAUAUGAAGCAUUAUUAUCCAGAGAAACAUUGAAGGGGUGGUGGAAUGGACAGAGGAUGUGGAUAAUUAAAAGAAUAACCUCAUACCUCUAUGGCGUCAUUGACACAAUCAGGAAUUUGGUAGGGCUGUCAAAGAUGGGGUUUGCAGUUACAUCAAAGGUCAGCAAUAAAGAUGAAUGGAAAAGGUACGAGCAAGAAAUCAUGGAAUUUGGAUCGUCUUCACCAGAAUAUGUGAUCAUUGCAACAGUUGCAUUACUCAACCAUGUGUGCCUGGUGGGAGGACUGUGUCAAAUCAUCACAGGCACCUGGCAUAUGGCAUUGAAUAUAUUUUUCCUCCAGGUCAUUCUAUGUGGGGUGCUAGUUAUCAUCAAUAUCCCAAUCUAUGAAGCAAUGUUCCUCAGGAAAGACACAGGGAGAAUACCAUUCUCAGUCACACUAGCUUCCAUUGGCUUUGUGAUUUUGAUUGUGGCCCUCUUUGUACCAAUAAUUUGA